CACGCGCGCGGAGUCAAGUCUCGCGAGAGGAGCGAGAUUUAUUCCUACGUACCGGGCCGUGCUGCUUAUGGCGGCGCUGGAGAGGGGGCGCUGAGCUGUUGGGUAUGAAGUGUAACAGAACAGAAUUUACCACCUGAAACUGCUGCUUCAAGUUCAGAUCAGGCAAAGAAAACACCACAUUGUAACAACAACAACAACAACAAGACCAAAGAAGAGUAAACUUAAGCUGAAGACACAACACUUGAUCUGAAACAAGAAGUUUGUGCCUACUCAACAGCUUCAAAAGAGCACUUCCCAACGCUGCUAGUAGUCUUUGUUUUCUUCAGUGCUGCACUGUAAGAUUGGCUGGUGCAGCAAUUGUAUUCUUUAUUAGCUUGAUAGAUCAUUUUCUCUCGCUCUCUUUCUUUUCUUUUCUUUUUUUUUUUUAAUACUAGCAAUUUUCACCCUCUGAAACGUGUGCUGAAAAAGAAGACUCAGCAGAUACUACUGAAAGUGCAAUAUUUGAUUAUCACUGCGAGAUGAGCUUUGAUCCAAACCUCCUCCACAACAAUGGACACAACGGGUACCCCAAUGGUACUUCGGCCGCACUGCGUGAAACUGGGGUUAUUGAAAAACUGCUGACCUCUUAUGGAUUUAUUCAGUGUUCAGAACGCCAAGCUAGACUUUUCUUCCACUGCUCACAGUACAAUGGCAACCUGCAGGAACUAAAAGUAGGAGAUGACGUAGAAUUUGAAGUAUCAUCUGAUCGGCGGACUGGAAAACCCAUUGCUGUUAAACUGGUCAAGAUAAAACCGGAGAUAUUACCGGAAGAACGAAUUAAUGGACAGGUUGUGUGCGCUGUUCCUCACAACUUAGAGAGUAAAUCUCCAGCUGCCCCGGGUCAGAGUCCAACAGGGAGUGUUUGCUACGAACGUAAUGGGGAAGUGUUUUAUCUGACUUAUACCCCAGAGGAUGUCGAAGGGAACGUUCAGCUGGAAACGGGAGAUAAAAUAAAUUUUGUAAUUGACACGAAUAAACAUACUGGUGCUGUAAGUGCUCGAAACAUUAUGCUGUUGAAAAAGAAACAAGCCCGCUGCCAGGGAGUAGUUUGUGCCAUGAAGGAAGCAUUUGGCUUUAUUGAAAGGGGUGAUGUUGUAAAGGAGAUAUUCUUUCACUAUAGUGAAUUUAAGGGUGACCUAGAAGCCUUACAGCCUGGGGAUGAUGUGGAGUUCACGAUCAAAGACAGAAAUGGUAAAGAAGUUGCAACAGAUGUCAGAUUAUUGCCUCAAGGAACCGUGAUUUUUGAAGAUAUAAGCAUUGAACAUUUUGAUGGAACUGUAACCAAAGUUAUCCCAAAAGUACCCAAUAAAAAUCAGAAUGAUCCACUGCCUGGACGUAUCAAAGUAGACUUUGUGAUACCUAAAGAACUUCCCUUUGGAGACAAAGAUACAAAAUCAAAGGUGACCCUACUGGAAGGAGACCAUGUCAGAUUUAACAUUUCGACAGAUCGGCGUGACAAGUUAGAACGAGCAACCAACAUAGAAGUUCUUUCCAAUACUUUUCAGUGCACUAAUGAAACAAGAGAAAUGGGAGUGAUUGCUGCAAUGAGGGAUGGCUUUGGAUUCAUCAAGUGUGUGGAUCGUGAUGCCCGCAUGUUUUUUCACUUCAGUGAAAUACUGGAUGGGAACCAGCUCCACAUUUCAGAUGAAGUAGAGUUUACUGUGGUCCCUGAUAUGCUGUCUGCCCAAAGAAAUCAUGCCAUACGGAUUAAAAAACUUCCCAAGGGCACGGUUUCAUUUCAUACCCAUUCAGAGCACCGUUUUCUGGGCACUAUAGAAAAAGAAGCCACUUUUGCCAAUCCCAAAACCACUAGCCCAAAUAAAGGCAAGGAAAAGGAAGCUGAAGAUGGAGUUAUCGUUUAUGAUGAUUGCGGGGUGAAACUGACCAUUGCGUAUCAAGCCAAGGACCUGGAAGGAUCCACUCCUCCUCAGAUAGGAGAUAAGGUUGAGUUUAGCAUUAGUGAAACAAAGAGGACUGGACAACAGAUUGCACACUGUGUCAGACUUCUGGGUCGAAACUCCAAUGCCAAAAGGCUCUUGGGUUAUGUGGCAACCCUGAAAGAUAAUUUUGGAUUUAUUGAAACAGCCAAUCAUGAUAAGGAAAUCUUUUUCCAUUACAGUGAGUUCUCUGGUGAUGUCGAUAGCCUGGAACUGGGGGACAUGGUCGAAUACAGCUUGUCAAAGGGCAAAGGCAACAAAGUCAGUGCAGAAAAGGUGAACAAAACACACUCAGUUAAUGGUGUCACUGAGGAAGCUGAUCCAACAAUCUACUCUGGUAAAGUCAUUCGCCCCCUGAGAAGUGUCGAUCCAACACAGACUGAAUAUCAAGGAAUGAUUGAGAUAGUGGAGGAAGGGGACAUGAAAGGUGAGGUCUAUCCAUUUGGUAUCGUUGGAAUGGCUAACAAAGGGGACUGCCUGCAGAAGGGGGAGAGUGUCAAAUUCCAGCUGUGUGUCCUGGGUCAGAAUGCUCAGACAAUGGCCUACAAUAUCACCCCUCUGCGUAGAGCCACGGUGGAGUGUGUGAAAGAUCAGUUUGGCUUCAUUAAUUACGAAGUAGGGGACAGUAAGAAGCUGUUUUUCCAUGUGAAGGAAGUACAGGAUGGCAUCGAACUGCAGGCUGGAGACGAAGUGGAAUUCUCAGUGAUUCUUAACCAGCGUACCGGGAAGUGUAGUGCCUGUAAUGUCUGGCGGGUCUGCGAAGGCCCCAAAGCUGUUGCAGCUCCACGUCCCGAUCGACUGGUUAAUCGCUUGAAGAGCAUCACUCUGGACGAUGCCAGUGCUCCUCGCUUAAUGGUUCUUCGUCAGCCAAAGGGACCAGAUAACUCAAAGGGAUUUGGUGCAGAGAGAAAGAUCCGUCAAGCUGGUGUCAUUGAUUAAUCCCAUCCACAAAGCACAUCAUUUAAUCAGAUAUGAUCAAGUGGGGGGGGCGGUUUCUGGUGAAGGGUUCUGAAUAUCUCCCUCUUCAUCCUCCAAAAUCUGGAAUACUUAUUCUAUGGAGCUAUUACACCAGUUUUAACACCUUCCUCAUGUUAUGUUUAAAAAAAAAAAAAAGAGAACCAUUUUAAAAUUUAUGCACAGUUGCAGCCUGGAGAACUUAAGGUGGCGCCUUAUAGUAUCAAUCUUAGAAGCUUUAUUUGGUGCAUAUAACGCAACUGGUAAUUGCAAACCUACUUCGCCUGUGUAAGUGAAAAAUAUAGACAGUUAUAUUCUGGUCAACCCUAUGAAAUUCUGCACUCAAGAUAGUGUAUAUUCUACCUUCGUUAUCUCUGGCAAGCCGGUGCUCUGCCUUAGCUCUCAGUUGCAUUCUUUUCCUGUUGUUUCCUCUUCAUUAUGCUUUAAUUCUGAGGACCAUAUGAGGGUAGACUAUAUCACCUUUUUAAAAAAUAAAAAUUCGUGUAGGCGUUCAAACGACUUAAGUUGAAGGCCAAAUGUUAAAAAAAAUGUUAUUUUUCAUAUCUCGUUUAUAAUCUUGUCACAGUCCAUUUAGCGAAAUUCAGUUAGAUUACAGUGAGAGGUUAUCUUCCAGAGUAGAUCUAGGGUUUAUCCUUUUUUUUUUUUUUUUUUUGGGUAACUAUUCUGCGAUUAGUAUGUAUAGUGCAGAAUUUCAUAAGGAAGAGGUGUGCCAUCAGUGUGGUAAUUUAAACAUAUUUAAAAACAAAACAGGAAAAAGAAAAAAAAGAUGCACAAACUUGCUGCUUAGAACACUGCAGCUUCUAAAACCCCAGUUUCUUUUACUGAUUUAAAAAAAACAAACGGAAAAAAAAAAUAAAAAAAAAAAGUUGUGCCUGAA